AUGCCGGAAGAUCUCACAGACACUGGGGAUAUUCUGCCCGCGUGUGACCUAUGUCAUGCGAAGAAGAUAAAGUGUGAUCGUCGAGCGCACUGUGCCAAUUGCGCAGAUGCCGGUGUGGAAUGCGAACGCCGGCGGCGCGGACGGCCAGCUAAGAAGAGAAACCAAAGCACCCUAAGGCCCCAAGAAAAUAUAGUAACGUUUGAAAAACAGCCGUCACAGACACAAAGAAGCAACCGGCAAUCAGGCCGUAGGGCAGCGGAAAGAAACGUGAAUAGAAGUACCGCUAUAGAGCACAGCCAGCCUAACGACCAAGUUCUGGACUCAAGGGAGAGAUCCUUAACCACGCCUACGCACUCGACACCUAGCGUCGAGGGCCCCAAUUAUCAUGCAAUACAGGCAAAAAACAUAAUCCAACUGGAAUUGAAUGACUCAAGGCAUGUCAACCGCGGGAGACAAUCCAUACUUCGCUCUGCUCUCCAACUCGUGAACCAAAUUGCAGAGAGUGAGCCUCAGCAUUCGGACGAAAUCAUGGAAGAGUUUCAGCCUAACGAUCCCGCCCUUUCGAUUCCGGAUGCACCCCCUCGAGAGCUGUUGUUUAUGCUCCUACAAGGGCCGCCCGAAUCGAUGUGCAUUCAGUGGCCGGAUCACAUCUCGCGCAAAACAUAUGAAGAAAUGGCUACAGCCUUGUUACGAAGUGAACCUCGGCUACAAGGUCAACUCCUCCAUCAGUAUAGCAUUUGCAUAUAUGUGAAAGCAAUAUUUCAUAUAUAUCAGGUGUCACGAACCGUGCGCAGCCCGCUCCUGAAAACACAGCUGUCCCAAUCUAGGUCGACUUACAUCGCAGCAACGAUUCGGAGCAUUGAGAACCUGAGCAUACUCAAACAGCCAGACAUCUCAUCCAUACAAGCUCUACUCUCAAGUGCAUUGCUUAUGCAGCACCUGGGGAGGCUGAACCAAUGUUGGGUCCUUACCUCUUAUGCUGCUCGACAGAUUGCAUCUCUUAAUUACCACAAGAUCCGCAGGGUACCAGCGCGCUCAGACUCGGAGUUAGAGGUAUAUAGUGCGGUAUACUGGUGCUACUAUCUUGAUCGGACGUUAAGUUCCCUCCUCAGUCGCCCUCCGUCAUUGCCUGAUCUCGAGGUAUCCCCGACGGAUCUCAUUGUCCUAGACCCAUGUUCGCCAUAUGAUACGCUUUUGCGUGUCCUUCUUGACCUCGCACAGGUUCAGGGGAAAUUACAUGCAGUAUCCUCCGACCCGAAGAAUGCUUCGAAUAGCCAGGCUUUGGAGACUUGUCAGCUCCUUGAGUCCAGGAUGCAGAGCAUUCUUCGACAAAUGCCGUCGAAUCGCGCAUCCCUCCCGAAAAUGGUACAAUAUGAUUGGGUUGCGGUCGACUUCUGCUACUACGCGAUUUUCGUCGAGAUCGACCGAACACGCUUGAAAAGCUCAUUUAGUCCAGUAAUACACAGGGAAUGUCUCGUACAUGCCCGACAGUCACUUGGAGCAUUUCACUUUAUCCAGCAGCAUGCGGAGGAAAUGCCGGGGUUUGAAGAGCCAUAUCCAUCAUUUCUUACAUGGACUUUGUUUUUCUACCCACUAAGCGCCUUCUUCGUGGUCAUCUGCAACAUCAUCGGAACUUUGGAUCAUGGCGAUUUUAAACUGCUUCAACAAAUAACGCAGAGUUUGUCACAGUUCAAGCAAGAUCCACAUCUUGGAAAACUUUUAAACCUUCUCCAGUCGCUGGAAGAUCUCUGCGAGCCGCUGUUCCAAGAGGCGGGUUCUGGUCCAGAAAAUAUAUCAUCAAACCUCCGUGCAUCCGCCCCGAAUCAAGCAAUGGCACCUGUCACUACGGAUGGCAUUCCUCCGAGCGCCUCCUUCGAUAGCAAUUUCGGGCUAAGUGAUGAACCGAUACCGAACUCGGAGUUGGAUGCCUCGGCCGACUGGCUGAUGUGGCAGCUUUUCAAUAGCCAGAUUCCAGCGGGUUGGCUCAGCAGUGGUAUGGACCCUUUUGAAAUAUGA